AUGGAGAUGGCCGCGGCGACGAGGGAUGGAAAGAAUGGCGGCGUCCCGGAAUGGCGGGUGACGGUGCCGGAGGGCGCGUCGGUGACGGUGGAGCACGAGGUCUGCCGGGCCGCGCGGGCGUGGGCGUGGGUGGUUUCCUGCGUGGUCGUGCUCGGGGAGAAGGUGUCCGGCUUCGCCAAGCGGAUAUGGAAGAUCGGCGCCGACGAUCCCCGGCGGGCGGUGCACGGCCUCAAGGUGGGUCUCGCGCUCGCGCUGGUCUCGGUGUUCUACUACACCAGGCCCCUGUACGACGGCGUUGGCGGCGCCGCCAUGUGGGCCAUCAUGACGGUCGUCGUGAUCUUCGAGUACACCGUUGGUGGCUGUGUGUAUAAGGGGUUCAACCGAGUCGCCGCGACGGUCAGCGCCGGCGCGAUCGCGCUCGGCGUCCACUGGAUCGCGGCCAACGCCGGCCACGAGCUCGAGCCGUUCAUCCGCAGUGGAUCGGUUUUCCUGCUCGCUUCCAUGGCGACGUUCUCGCGGUUCAUACCCACGGUGAAGGCGCGAUUCGACUACGGCGUGACCAUCUUCAUCCUGACGUACAGCCUGGUGGCCGUGUCGGGGUACCGCGUGGAGGCGCUCCUGGCGAUGGCGCAGCAGCGGGUGUGCACCAUCGGCAUCGGCGUCUUCAUGUGCCUCUCCGUCUGCGUGCUCAUCUGCCCCGUGUGGGCGGGGCAGGAGCUGCACCGCCUCACCGUGCGCAACAUGGAUAAGCUCGCCGGCGCCGUGGAGGCCUGCGUGGGGGACUACUUCGUGGAGCAGGCGGACGGCAAGCAGCAGCCGCCGUCCGCCGGGGCGGACGGGUACAAGUGCGUGCUCAACUCCAAGGCGUCCGAGGACGCGCAGGCCAACCUGGCGCGGUGGGAGCCCGCGCACGGCAGGUUCGGCUUCCGCCACCCGUACGAGCAGUACAAGAACGUCGGCGCCGCCAUGCGGCACUGCGCCUACUGCGUGGAGGCCCUGAGCGGGUGCGUCCGCUCAGAGAUCCAGGCGCCCGAGCACGUCAAGCGGUACCUCGCCGACGGUUGCACGACGGUGGCGGCGCGGUGCGCGCGGGUGCUCGGGGAGGCCGCGAGCUCCGUCGGCGCAAUGACUACGUCGUGGAGCCUGGAGUUCGCCGUGGCCGACAUGAACACCGCCGUGCAGGAGCUCCAGAGCGACCUGAGGGAGCUCCCGUCCAAGCUGGCGGAGGAGUCGCCUGCGACGGUGAUCGACGCCGUGCAGCUCUUCACGGUCACUUCGCUGCUGAUAGAGGUGUCCACGAGGGUGGAGGGCGUCGUGGACGCGGUCGACACGCUCGCCAGCCUUGCCGGCUUCAGAUCAGCGGACGCGAAACCUGAAGCUUCAGAAACCGAAACCAAAGUGAUCAAUCCAGACUCGGACGAGGAAGCACAUUGA